UUUUGAUUUGUACCUCUCUCCAUACAUUGCAGUUUUCUCAUAUUCUUUGAGGAAUACAAAUCACACUUGCCACAAAAUAGCUUCCUUUUCCAUCAAAAACCAGGGUGACGGUGGAAGGGUGGGGUUGGGGGAGUUUGGAGAAGCAGCCAAGACCUGAAGGAGAGCCGGGGUGAGGCCAUGACUGCAGUUCUCUCAUCUCUUCCAGGGGAGUGUCUGUGGUACUGUGGCCUCGGCACACGUGAGCCAGAGCGACGAAAGAGAGCAGGGAACAAAGUUUUACAGAGUCCAAAUCUUCCACCCAUCUGGCAGGCCAGCAUUCAUAAACAGGACAGUUACACAAACCUGGUUUCAGACUCAAGUACAGAGACGGGAGGCUGACUUACUGAAAAGGGCUGAAAUAUACAGGCACGAGUGCUGUCAAAUACACUUACAGUGACAAGUGACUACAUACAGUAGACAAGAGAGUGGUACACUGCUAAGCCCAAAGAGCAGGAUUUACUACAGGAAGUGAAGAAGAGUUUACAGGAACAGAAGGAACCUGGAUGGACACCCUUUGUAGUCUCAGUGGCCUGGACCCUCUCUGGGACUGGAAUGUCACAUGGUACACACCGCACCCAGAUCUUACCCAGUGCUUCCAGCAUACUGUAUUGGUGUGGUUCCCCUGUUUCUAUCUUUGGGUUUGUGCCCCUUUCUACUGCUUGUACCUCAAAUUCUACGACAAUGAACACAUAUCUAUUUCCAGCCUUUGCUGUGCCAAGACGGGUUUGGGGCUCUGUCUUGCUUCCUUUGGUUUUCUGGAGAUGGUCUAUCUGCUGGUGGAGAGGAACAGGGAGAUAGAGCAUCACAUGGUCUUUCUCCUGAGCCCUGUCAUUCGCAGUCUUACCAUGAUACUGGCAGUGUUUGUGAUGCACUUGGAGAGAUUAAGGGGCUGUCGUUCCUCUGUCUUCCUCUUCCUGUUCUGGAUACUGGCUGUAGUCUGCUCACUGGUGCCUCUCAGAGCCAACAUACAAGCUAUUGUAGAUGAGGGUUUCUCUGCAGAUGCAAUGCGAUUUGUUGCAUUUUUUGCGUUCUUCUCCCUCCAGCUGGCUCAGCUAAUCCUCAGCUGUUUCGCUGAUCACCGUCCAGCAUCUCUUAAACCUGUUUAUUUAAAGAACCCAUGUCCAGUAGAGGAUGCUUCUUUCUUAUCAAAACUACUGUUCUGGUGGUAUGGCAGAUUGGUGGUAAAGGGGUACCGCUCUCCUUUAAAAGCAGAGGACCUCUGGUCUCUACGAGAAGAGGAUGCAUCUGAAAAGAUCAUCUGUGAUCUAGAGAAAGAAUGGGCCAAGCAAUGGGCCAAAUUCCAACAGCAAGAGAGCUCUCUGAACGCAGCUCAGGCUCUUGGUUAUAAGCUGACUGAACAAACUCAGCUGCUCAGAAAACUCCAUAAAGAGCAAAGCUCAGGCUUCUGCCUGCUUCGGACACUAGCCAAAAACUUUGGACACUAUUUUCUGACUGGGACUCUCUGUCUGAUCAUCCAAGAUGCUUUCAUGUUCUCUAUCCCACAAGUGUUAAGUCUACUACUUGGCUUUGUGAGGGAUGAAGACGCCCCCUUGUGGAAGGGUUACCUCUAUGCCUUUCUGAUGUUCCUGUUGUCUUGUCUGCAGUCUCUGUUUAACCAUCAGUACAUGUAUACCUGCUUCACAGUGGGCAUGAGGGUUAAAACUGCAGUCAUGGGCCUAGUGUACAGGAAGUCUCUGGUCAUCAACAGCGCGGCCCGUAGAACGUGUACAGUCGGAGAGAUAGUGAACCUGGUUUCUGCAGACACUCAGAAGCUCAUGGACUUUGUGGUGUACUUCAAUGCAUUGUGGGUUGCUCCGAUUGAAAUCGCCUUGUGUCUUUUCUUUCUUUGGCAGCGUCUUGGCCCAUCUGCCUUGGCAGGCAUUGCCACAGUGAUUCUGAUCUUCCCUUUGAAUGGGUUUAUUGCCAAAAUGAGAAGCAAGCUCCAGGAGGUCCAGAUGAGGUACAUGGAUGGACGCAUUAAGCUUAUGAAUGAGAUCUUGAGUGGAAUAAAGAUCCUAAAGUUUUUCGCCUGGGAGAAAGCCUUCCGCGAACGUGUUCUCAGCUACAGAGAAAAAGAGCUCAAUGCCCUGAAGAAGUCUCAGAUUCUGUACUCAAUAUCCAUUGCUUCCUUCAACUCCUCCACUUUCCUGAUUGCGCUUUCCAUGUUUGGAGUAUACGUGCUGAUUGAUGAUAAAAAUGUUCUGGAUGCUCAGAAGGUCUUUGUGUCCAUGGCCCUCAUCAACAUUCUCAAAACGCCGCUCAGUCAACUGCCCUUCGCAAUGAGCACUACCAUGCAGGCGGUUGUUUCUCUCAAACGUCUCGGGAAGUUUCUCUGUCAGGACGAGCUGAAACCCGAUAAUGUGGAGAAUGUUCCCUACAAUCCUGAUGUAGAUGGUGUCAUUAUUGACAAUGGUACUUUCAGCUGGUCUAGAGAUGGCCCACCAUUCCUUAGGAGGAUCAAUGUGAAAGUGCAGCACGGUACACUGGUGGCUGUGGUAGGUCAUGUGGGCAGUGGAAAAUCUUCUCUUCUGUCUGCAAUGCUGGGAGAGAUGGAAAAGAAAAGUGGUCACGUAACAGUGAAAGGCUCUGUGGCUUAUGUGCCUCAGCAGGCCUGGAUCCAGAAUGCCACUCUCAAAGACAACAUUUUGUUUGGAUGGGAAAAGAAAGACAUCUGGUAUAAGAAAGUGUUGGAGGCCUGUGCUCUCCUGCCAGACCUAGAGAUCCUACCUGCAAGAGAUGCCACAGAGAUCGGAGAGAAAGGGCUGAAUCUGUCUGGCGGUCAGAAACAGAGAGUGAGUCUGGCACGUGCAGUCUACAGGAAGGCAGACAUCUAUUUGUUUGAUGAUCCCCUGUCAGCUGUAGAUGCACAUGUGGGUCAACACAUCUUUGAAAGGGUCAUUGGACCAAAUGGAGUUCUUAAAAAUAAGACUCGUAUUCUAGUGACCCAUGGGCUGAGCUUCCUGCCCCAGGCAGACCUGAUCCUGGUAAUGGUGGAUGGAGAAAUUACGGAGAUGGGCUCUUAUGCUGAGCUUCUGAGCAGGAAGAAUGCCUUUGCUGACUUUGUUAAAGCCUUCGCUGGUAACGAACGUAAGGAGAGUUCCACCCACAGAGGGACCAGGAAAUCUGUCUCUCGUCUCAGCAUGACAGACUUCUCCAUUGACCUCUCCCAGGAGCAACUCAUCAGUGGAGACAUGGGAAGUGCCAGUAUUCAAACCAUUUCUGACACAGAACAAGAGCAGGACCAGGAGGAAGUUGGACAACUCACCCAGGCUGACAAAGCCCAUACGGGGCGAGUGAAGCUAGAGAUGUAUGUGGAAUAUUUCAGGACCAUUGGCCUGGCCUUCAUCAUCCCCAUCAUCUUCCUCUAUGCGUUCCAGCAAGGUGCCUCACUGGCCUACAACUACUGGCUAAGGCUGUGGGCAGAUGACCCUGUUAUAAAUGGAACACAGGUCGACACGGAUCUAAAGCUUGGGGUUUUUGGAGCACUUGGCUUUGCACAAGGAAUUGCAAUUUUUGGGACUACUGUGGCUAUUUCACUUGGAGGAAUAAUUGCAUCCCGGCAUCUUCAUUUGGAACUUCUCAACAAUGUACUUCACUCUCCCAUGUCCUUCUUUGAGAGUACACCGAGUGGUAACCUUCUCAAUCGUUUCUCUAAAGAGGUAGACGCCAUUGACUGCAUGAUCCCUGAUGGGCUGAAGAUGAUGCUGGGCUAUGUGUUCAAACUGCUGGAGGUUUGCAUUAUCGUUCUGAUGGCGACGCCUUUUGCAGGCGUGAUCAUACUGCCACUGACUCUUCUCUAUGCCUUCAUUCAGAGCUUCUAUGUGGCUACUUCCUGCCAAUUACGUAGACUAGAGUCAGUGAGUCGUUCUCCCAUCUAUACUCAUUUCAAUGAGACAGUCCAAGGAGCCAGUGUGAUCCGCGCCUUUGGAGAGCAACCUAGAUUUAUCCUGCUAGCUAAUGGCAGGGUCGACCACAACCAAACUUCCUACUUCCCAAGAUUUGUGGCCACCAGGUGGCUGGCAGUAAAUCUUGAGUUCCUGGGUAACUUGCUGGUCCUUGCUGCAGCUAUCCUCUCUGUAAUGGGAAGAGCGACUUUAAGCCCUGGAAUUGUGGGGCUUGCUGUAUCCCACUCUCUUCAGGUAACAGGGGUCCUGAGCUGGAUUGUACGGGCAUGGACAGAUGUUGAAAACAACAUUGUUUCUGUUGAGAGAGUGAAGGAAUAUGCAGAAACACCAAAAGAGGCUCCCUGGACAUUAGAGGACACCCCACUCCCAUUCGGCUGGCCCAAAACUGGCUCCAUUGAAUUCCAGGAAUAUGGACUUCAGUACCGCAGGGGUCUUGAUUGGGCCUUGAAGGAAAUUACCCUCAGUGUUAAUGAGAGAGAGAAAGUUGGAAUUGUGGGAAGAACAGGGGCUGGAAAGUCAUCUCUUGCUCUCGGAAUCUUCCGGAUCCUUGAGGCAGCAAAAGGAAAGAUCUACAUAGAUGGGAUAAACAUUGCACAGAUUGGACUGCAUGAACUGAGGUCCCGCAUCACCAUCAUCCCUCAGGAUCCAUUGCUGUUCUCAGGAUCCUUGCGUAUGAAUCUGGAUCCCUUUGAUGGCUACACUGAUGAGGAGGUGUGGAGAGCUCUGGAACUCGCACAUCUCAAGAACUUUGUGUCUGGCCUGCCUGACAAACUGAACCAUGAGUGUUCAGAGGGAGGAGAAAACCUCAGUUUGGGUCAGCGGCAGCUGGUUUGCCUGGCUCGAGCUCUCCUCAGGAAGACCAAGAUUCUGGUUUUGGAUGAAGCAACAGCAGCUGUGGACCUGGAGACAGACAAUCUCAUUCAGUCCACCAUCCGAACCCAGUUUGAGGACUGCACCGUUCUGACCAUCGCACACCGACUCAACACCAUCAUGGACUACUCUAGGGUGAUCGUAAUGGACAGAGGUUACAUCACAGAGAUGGACUCUCCACCCAAUCUUAUCUCUCAGCGUGGUCAGUUCUAUCGAAUGUGUCGGGAGGCGGGGCUAGUGUGAAACCUCAAUAACAGACAAACCUGAAGUGACCACCAUCAACAAUCUUCUCUCUCUUCACUCAGCCAAUCAAGAGGGUAAAACAACUGUGGGGCAGAAUACACUUAAGCAACAUACUUUCUGCGACCAUAACCCUAGCGUUUCCUCCAUCAAGAACACAAUGCUACAAACUCUGGAUGAAGGGGAUUCGCUGAAACAGUCGUUCUACUAGAGGUGACCACGUUUUUUCUAGUUUAACAAAGGCAGUGUGCUUCAGUGUGCUGCUGAUUUGAUUACAGCCUUUGGAGGUGCUACAAAAUGUGAAGUCUCAAGUAACAUUUACUUACCACAAAGGCAUUCCAUAUGUGAACAGACAGUCAGGCAGUGCGCAUAGCCACGUUUACCAUCUUUCGUUGCUGACAAAGUAAAGCUUGGGAGGAUAUUUGACUUUUAUAGUUUAUUCUAAGCAAAGAUGAGGAUAAGACACGACUGUAGAGCUAGCUAUAAUUCUACUGGCACCUUUUUUGGCUAUUAAGAGUUUAAUGAACACAUCAGCGCAUUAAAUCUUGAAGGGUGAAAGAGUCAGUGUUGUAGAUGUGAGAAAAUCUGGAUUAGUGUAAAAAUGCAACAUCUAUCAUUAUACAGAACUUGUCUGUGUGUGUAUUAAUAUUAGGAAGUACUUUAUUAGUAACUAUACAGUCUAAAGGUUAAAUCAGUAUUUAUGUAUUUUGUACUGUAUCAUAUCUGUAUUUUUUUUUUUUUUUUAUAUUUAUAACAUGUUUCCAUGCACACAUGCAUGUGUGACUGUCAGACUUGAAUUUUUAUUUUUAUUCUCUUGACAGCUUUAGUAAAAUAAAUGUUGGCAGUAUGGAUGAAAAAAAAAAGACCUUUCUUGCUCGUUUCCUUUAUCUGUCAAAAUGACAUUUUGAGUGCCAGAUUGUUGCCGGUUUAAUACAAGUUAAGCUCAAUCGACAGCAUUUGUGGCAUAAUGUUAAUUACCAAAAAUGUUUAGUACCUCAUUUAUUAAUUAUAUAUAUAUAUAUAUAUAUAUAUAUAUAUAUAUAAAUCAAAAAUCGAGGUUACAGUGAGGCACUUAAAAUGGAAUGGGCCGGUCCAUAAACAUUAAAAUACACACGGUUUCCAAAGUAUAGGCACAAAAUGCAAACAGUAAACAUGUUAACAAGAUUUUAGUGUAAUAAAAUUGCUUACUAACCUUGUAUGUUUUAAGUUAUAUCCAGUAUUACAAAUUUGUUGCCAUUACGAUGUAAGGCCAGUAAGCCCUGUAAGCAAUUUUAUCACACUAAAAUCAUGUAGAAGAGAGAUUAUCACAUUUCAAUUAUGUUAAAGGAAUAGUACACCUAAAAUUACAAAUUCUCAUCAUUUA